AGUGAUCACUUCCACAACAGCCCUGUUUCUUUAAGAGACAACAGUUGUUAAGUUAGAAGACCAUUGGACCAUGCGAGGGUCAAUAAAAGAAUAAAAGUCAGUGGUUAGUGAUCCGAGUACAAGGACCUCGAUCCCUGCUCAGUCCCUGUGUCCAUAUGCGGCUCACAGUCAGAGGAGGACCAGCGGAUUCUCCGCAGCCGGCACGUCCUCAGAAUGGCUUCUGGAAGGCUCAUCAAGCUCGUGAUUUUCGAGCUGCUUCAGUUCGCAGCCUUCUCCGUUCCCACCCUGGUAAUCAUGGAGCAGUUCGCCACUGCCUACCACACGGCAAGGAGAAUGACUGAGAGAACACAUUACUGGCUCAUCGUGGCCUCUUCUAUUGCCUACGUGGCUUCCGUCACUCUGUUGAUUUGGGUUCCCGUAAAAAUUCUCUUAUACAAGAAACGUCAUCUGUACAAAAAGAUUAUAGGGUGGAGACCUGUUAUGAUGAUGUGUGUAAUACUCACCACACUCCCCAGCUUCAGCUUUUCUAUAGCAGUGACUGAGGUUCAAAAGAACAAUAACAGUUCGGCUAAUAUAUUACCCGAUACUUUACCCGACCUGCCAGUGUCUCUGGUUGUGACAUCUUUGAUCGUGGUUGACAUUAUUGAAAAACUAAGGAUAUAUCCUCUCAGAGGGAGUCAAAAGAGCAAUGAAGACACUCACAUUCACAUAACUUCUUUGCAACAAAUAAAAACUGUGACGGAGCAAGUGAUGCCAAGUGCAGAAAAUGCUGCACACCCCCAGGCAGCCAGAACUGAGGUGUCGGCACCACCAGGAGCCUCAACACAGCGUCAAGUGCCUGUGCUGAUGGGACCCCAAGAACCAUCCUUUCAGUCGGGAAUCCUGAGAACAAUGUCCCGGCGAGAUGUCCGAGCGGAGAUAUUUCUGUGGAGCUUUGUGCUUUGGUCUGACACGGUAGAAAUGGUGCGUGUGGCUGGCCAUCCAGCUGUGUACAAGUCGGGCUGGCUGUAUCCGGUCUACUUAUUCAGUUUUAUCUCUCUCCUUCGAAUUAUCUUCACACCCCAGAACCCUCUUCUCAACUCCUUGGGCAUCUUACUGCAGGAUUUACCCUUUAUUUUUGUCAGACUUUCUUUAAUCAUUGCCCUGGGGACUAUCACGCCCGUGCUGGGCCUUUGUAAGAAUAUUCUAGUGACUCUUUCUUAUGUUUACUUCAAUUAUGUAACCAGACUCAGGGUUUUCUCUACUUUUGAAACAUCUCCAUUUUAAAAGGAAAAUGAAACAUAGUAAAGACUUCAUUAUGUAUGUGAGCACAUAUGUAAUAAUUUGGGGGGGGGACAUAAGUUUUUGUAUUAUAUUAAGAAAUGAGGAAUGGAUUGUAAAGAGUUAAGUGUUUUAAAUAACUGUAUCAUAGCUGGAUUUUUUUGUGAAUAUGAAUGGUGCUAAAUUUAAAGUUAUAUUUCUAUACAUUGGCUUCCAUGGAUCUCUAGAAAAUGUUAGCUAUGUAUCCUAUAGGUCUUUUAGUGAAGAAGUACACCCUCUUCAAUGAAGCCUUUUGAAAAAGAAUGUGUUUUCCCACUAAAUUAGCCCAAGAAUGAGAUUAUCAUUUACACACAUUAAAGAGUAUUACAUUGGAAUCAGCAGUUAGCAUAAUGGCUAUGUUGCCGGACUCCCAUGUAGUCAAUCAUGGUUCGAGUCCUG